UUGAUUCAUCCUUUUGGAAGUCAGAACCGGAACUCCUUACUGAGCCAAAGUAGGGUGAUAAGGAGUUUAAAGAGUAUUAUUUGUUUUUCUGAUGUAUACCCAGAUGGUCUGGGAGUUUGACUCUGGAGUCAGCGGUGGUCCAAAUUUCUUCGUCCCCCGUGUUCUUGGAUUAUUCCUGUGGUGAUGUGAUGCUGCGUUCAGAAGUUUGGACAGUGGCCUCCUGUUUCCCCAGCUUUCUGACUGGCAGAUUUUGUCAACCAGAUUACUCCUUGGAGUGAAAAGGCUGAAUCCCACUGACAAAAAAGUAGCUUGUACCUGUUCCCUGUACCGGUGAUGUGUUUUGGUGAAGGAAGGCUUUACACUGGUAGCACCCGGCUGGCCACAAAAGGAGCCUCUCCGCCAAGAUCAUCCAGUUUCUUGAAAUGACACCAAGACGAGCCUUUAUAGUAAAGGGUUCUAAUCAUGAAAAUGAUGGCCAGUCGUAACUCACUGUGGGUGCUGCUGUUUAUAGUGAUCUUCUUAGUCUCCUUUACAGUUUUCAGAAACCCUCCAGAGUUGUGGACGAUGUUCAAGUUGCCUGUGUCCUUCAAUCGCUGGAACUUGGCCAUGAACUCCUCAUGCCCUACAGUGCCUCUGAACCCCCCAGUUUCACCAAAAGAGACAGAGCUGAGAGUCAGGGAGAUCUUGGAGAAGUUAAACCAGCAGAUCCCACCCAGGCCCUUCCCCCACCUCAACACCACCACCAGCGCCACACACAGCACAGCCACCAUCCUCAACCCUCGAGACAAGUACUGCGUGGGGGACCAGCUGCGUGUGCUGCUGGAGGCUAGGGAUUACCUGGGACGCAGAAAGGACUAUGGUGGGGACUUCCUGAGGGCCAGGAUGUCCUCCCCAGCCCUGAAGGCAGGCGCCUCUGGAAAGGUGACAGACUUCAACAAUGGCACCUACCUCAUCAGCUUCACUCUAUUCUGGGAGGGCCCAGUCUUCCUGUCUGUCCUUCUCAUACACCCCAGUGAAGGGGUGUCAGCUCUCUGGAGAGCAAGGAGCCAAGGCUAUGAUAGAGUUACCUUCACUGGCCAGUUUGUCAAUGGUGCCUCUCAGGUCCACACUGAAUGUGCCCUGAUCCUAAACUCAAGUGUCGAGCUGUGCCAAUACCUGGAUGCCCAGGACCAAGAAGCUUUCUACUGUGUGAAGCCUCCAGAUGUUCCCUGUGCUGCCCUUACUCACAUGCACUCGAAGAACAAGGAUGUUUCCUAUCUUAGCCAGCAGGAGAGGAGCCUCUUUGUAAGGUCAAAUAUAGGUGUGGAGAUUAUGGGAAAAUCCAAUGUGAUUACUGUCUCCAAAUGCAACACAGAAGUGGCUCCAGUGAAAGAGAAAUGCAAGUUCGGGAUGGCAUCUGUAACCCCUAGUGGGUAUGUCUGGAAAAACACAUGGAAUCCAGCCUCCUGUAGUUUGGCUCCCAUCAAAAUCAAAGACUGCCUGAGAGGAAAAUUCAUCCAUUUAAUGGGUGAUUCCACACUCCGCCAAUGGAUGGACUACUUCAAAAGCAUAGUCAACACACUGAGGUCUGUAGAUCUGCAUGAGAUUGGAAAACUGAAACACCAACUUGCUGUGGACUUGGAUGAAAAAAUCAACAUCCAGUGGCAAAAACAUGGUUACCCCCUUAUUGGAUCAUUGGUCUACUCUGUUAAAGAAAUAGAGAACAUUGCACGGAUAAUUGACAGAACUGGAGGAGAGAAAAACACCAUCAUCGUCAUUUCUCUGGGCCAGCAUUUCAGACCUUUUCCCAUUGAUGUUUUCAUCCGAAGGGCUGUCAAUGUUCACAGAGCUCUUCAGCGUCUUCUUCUGAGAAGCCCAGACACUGUGGUUAUCCUCAAAACAGAAAACAUCAGGGAGUUGAGCAGUGAUGUGGAAAGAUUAAGUGACUUCCAUGGUUACACCCAGUAUCUUGCCUUAAAGGAUAUUUUCCAGGAUCUCAAUGUGGGUGUCAUUGAUGCCUGGGAUAUGACAAUUGCAUAUGGCACAAACAAUGUCCAUCCACCACAGCAUGUAGUAGGAAGUCAAAUUGAUAUAUUCUUAAAUUAUAUUUGCUAGGGAACACAUAACUCUGAAAGUCACUCCGUGAACUUAAAAGAUACAGUGAAUCCUGCUGGCAUGCCAAAUGCCAGGAUGUCCCCGGACAUAUUAUCAAGAAGAUAAUCUGUACUAUGGUCCACCCAGUUCGGCCUAAAAAGGCAUUCCUACACUGGGUUUCUGCUUAAAGUUGACGCUCAAAAGAAUCAGUGAAAGAUUUGACCUUUUUAUUAGAGUCACGUUGCUCUUUAUCAGUUGGCAGUUAGGGUCCUUGUGAUGAGGCCUCCCUGUUGCUACGAAUUCAGAAUGAUGAAGUAAUUUUGAUAAAAUUCUUAAAGGGUCUUUGAUUCGAUUUGUAAAUAUUUUGUCAAUAAUUUUUAUAUUCAUUAUCAUCAUGGAAAUUGAUCUGUACUUUUAUUUCUUGGUCAUGUCUCAGAAUUUGACAUCAGGCCAAAACAGAUUUCAAAGAUUGACUUCGGUAGUGUGCAUUCUGCUUUAAGUGGUGGAAGGUUUUGAGAAGUAUUGGUUAGAUUUUCUUUAAAAGUGUCAUGGUAUUCAACAGUGAGUCUGUUGAAGCCUGGGCUCUUUUUGGAGAGAGACUUUUAAUUUCAAUCUCAUUGCUUAUUAUAAAUCUGUUUUAAUUGUUUCUAUUUUGUAGAUUUAAUUUUGAUAGGUCAUAUGCAUUUAGAAAUUUGUCUUUCUUCUAGGUUUUCCAGCUUGUUAGAAUAUAAUACUUCUGGAUAAAUGAAUAUAAAAUAUUCACAGAAACACCAUCAUUAAAACUAAUAUUUUGUACACUAAUUUUAAAACAAAAAAAAUAAGCAAAAUUUUUAAAUGAGAAACACUAA